AUGCUAGAGAACAAAAAAUUUGCCCCCAGCAGCACCAAACCUGGACCCAGAACUCCGCAUUUUCAGAUCGUUCCGGUUCCUCCCAAAUCUGUGACUUCUCUGAUGAUGAAUAAAGAUGGCUUCCUGGGAGGCAUGUCCGUCAACACCGGCGAGGUAUUUUGCUCGGUCCCGGGCCGUUUGUCUCUGCUCAGUUCAACUUCAAAGUACAAAGUAACUGUGGGGGAAGUUCAGAGACGGCUUUCGCCCCCCGAAUGCCUCAAUGCGUCUCUCCUCGGCGGCGUCCUCAGAAGAGCCAAAUCGAAAAAUGGGGGGAGAUCUUUGCGAGAAAGGCUAGAAAAAAUCGGUUUGAAUUUACCCGCGGGCAGGCGCAAAGCUGCAAAUGUCACGUUACUCACCUCCCUGGUGGAAGGAGAAGCUGUUCACUUAGCUCGGGAUUUUGGGUAUAUUUGUGAAACGGAGUUUCCUGCUAAAGCGGUUUCUGAGUAUUUGAACCGGCAGCACACUGACCCCAGUGACCUGCACUCCCGAAAGAAUAUGCUGCUGGCUACCAAGCAACUCUGUAAAGAAUUUACGGAUCUGCUGGCGCAGGACCGGACACCAAUCGGGAACAGCAGGCCUAGCCCCAUCCUGGAGCCGGGGAUCCAGAGCUGCCUCACGCACUUCAGCCUCAUCACGCACGGCUUCGGCGCCCCGGCCAUUUGCGCUGCGCUCACGGCCCUGCAGAACUAUCUCACCGAGGCACUCAAAGGCAUGGACAAGAUGUUCUUGAACAACACCACCACUAACAGGCACACGUCUGGGGAAGGCCCAGGUAGUAAAACUGGCGACAAGGAGGAGAAACACAGGAAAUGAAAAAUUUAAAAAAAAAAAAAAGAAAGAAAAAUGUUUUAAAUACAAAAGGAAAACAGAAAAAAUUUAAUUUUAGCUUUAAAAUGUUGGAUUGGCUUUGGAAGAAUUAUAUUAGGUAGAAUACACAUACAAUCAAAUUUUAAAAAAAAGAGCUAAAUAACUUUUAAAAAAAACUGAGGCGUACAACGGAAGCAACAAUAUCGGUUCUCAGUGUCUAUUUCAAGAUACACUUGGAGACAAACGUCCGGAUUUUCCACAUCGGUUCUUUCGAGCUUAGUAAUACUGAUAAUAAAAGAAAACCAUGAUUUUCCCCCUUUGGAAAAUAAACGUAAGACUAAACAUGAGAAAACGCUAACUUAUUGGAAGAAAAUCGGAGAAACAUUGUUGGUGUCAGUGCUUUGAGAGUUGGUUGACUGAGACGCACGAACUUUUUAAUUUUUAAUAUUUUUUUAGGAAACACUCUUGCAGUCCCCGCCCUUCCACCUCACCUCACCCCUCUCCCAGCCACCCUUUUCUACGUUGCCCUGCCUCCCUCAAGCUGUCACAGGAAUUUUCUGGGAUGAAAAUGAGUGUGGUUAGCCCCUUUGCGUUGUGUUUCAGUCCCCUGGGUACCCCCGCCCCUGCCCCGCACUGCGUUCUUAACUCACCGGCGCCCAGCUCCCAGGCCGU